GGUCUGGGCAGGGUUUAGUCAGGAAAAGUCCGACAGGGUGGUUUCACAUGGAGCGGCGUGCCUGAGCUGUGAGAGGCCCAACUCCCCUUGGCUGGCUGGCAUCCCAGAGCAGAAGCACAGAGGUUUUAGUGUGAAAGGAGGGAGUGCGAGCUUGUUUUUGGAGCUGACAGCCAUGGCGGAUACAGCGGUCCAGAAGGAGCACGGCGCUCUGGCCGAGGUCUCCUACGAUGACGACGAGGUCGCCCUGGUGGGUGCUGCCACAGAGCCGGCGGUGGACGGCGGCAAACCCGCGGAGGAAGCGCUCGCCAUCGGAAAAGAAAAGAGCGAAGCCCAGGCGAACGGCGUCAUGGUCCUGUCCCUGCUCGACAAGAUCAUCGGGGUGGUGGACCAGAUCCAGCUGACCCAGAACGGGCUGGAGUCUCGGCAGGAGGCCAUGGAGAAGUCGGUGUCCGCCAUCCAGGGGGAGCUGACCAAGCUGUCCAAGAGCCACCUGGGGACGGCCGCCACCGUCAACAAGAUGCUGGACAAGGUCCGCAAGGUCAGCGUCAACGUCAAGACAGUGCGGAGCAACCUGGAGAAGCAGGCGGGCCAGAUCAAGAAGCUGGAGAGCAACGAGGGCGAGCUGCUCAAGAGGCGCAACUUCAAAGUCCUAAUCAGCCAGGACCAAGUGAAGACCCCAAAGACACCCAAGGCGGGUGAACCGGUCGCCGAGGACGGAACCGUGGAGGGCCUCCAGCAGAUACCCGAGGAGGGCGGCGAGGGGGAGGGCCGGCCCGCCGACCUCAACUCGGACGAGGAGGUGGAGAUCGAGGAGAUCGUGGAGGAGUCCCGAACCAAGCGUCUGCAGCGCUCCACCAAGAGGCAAGUGGCCAGCAUAAAGAAGGCCUUCUCCAAGGAGGAGAUGGAGAAGACCAAACUGAAGACCAAGGAGAACAUGGAGAAGACCAAGCAGAGAACCCGCGAAAACCUGGAGAAGACCCGGCAAAGAACCCGCGACAACCUGGAGAAAACCAAGCACAGCCUGGAGAAGAAGAUCAACAAGCUGGGCACCCGCAUGACCCCCAAAAUGGAGCGCCGGGUCAAGAUGAAGACCUCCAAGGAGAAAGUGAAGAAGACCCUCACGCCCGACCACACCGUCUACGCCCGCUCCAAGACCAGCGUCUACCGCGUGCCGCCCUUCACCUUCCACGUCAAGAAGAUCCGGGCGGGCCGGGCGGAGGAGGCGGCGGCGGCGGAGAACGCCGAGGAGGAGGCGGCGCCGGCCACCGAGGAAGAGGGCGAGGAGAACGGGCUGGGGGUGCACGUGGAGGUGGAGGAAGGCGAGCUGGUGAGGGUGGACACCCCGGGGAUGGAGGACCCUCACAUGGUCAUGGUGGAGGCAGACCACCUGGAAAAGACCCAGCGUGACUAAGGGAGCCCAUCAAACGCCACCCCUGAUGGAUCACACGAGGACACAUCCGUAACCACGAGGACUUCAAGCGCAUAUUUCACACCUGUUCUCUUCUUUUCUAUGCCCAAGCUUUCAUACUCACGCUUUUAAAAAGCCCCGCCCCCCUUUACUCUGCAUGAUUAGGAGGGGGGGGGGAAGGUAUAAAUAUUCUUCGCUGAUAAGAUGUGAUGUACAGUAAUCAACGUAUUCGCCAAGUUGCGAACAAGGUAACCGGAAGUUGGGGAAGAAGGGGAAUGAUCGGGUUCGAGGUAUAACCCGAGCUUUGCUGGGGUUUGGGGCGGGCACGGAUCCGCCAAACCUUAUCGAAAAGUGCAUGAUCAUCUCGAAACUGUUUUUUUUUUCUUUUUUUAAAGGGAAACCGUAUGUCAGGAAGUGUGUUGCUGUGCUGCUCGGUGUCAGAGCAAGGCUAAAGUUUGUAGACACUUUUCUGUGUGAAAGUGUAUCCAAACAUUCGACCGGUUCUGUACAUCACAUCUUAAAAGCUCCCUCACGUUUGUAUUUUACCGGUGCUCAUACUUGCCAACCAUCCCGAUUUUCCUGGAAAAACUCCCGAAUUUCGGUGCCCCUCCCGGAAAUCUCCCGGGGCAACCGUUCUCCCGAAUUCCUCCCGAUUUCCACCCGGGCAACAAUAUUGGGGGCGUGCCUUAAAGGUACUGCCUUUAGCUUCUUCUACAACCUGUCGUCACGUUCGCUGUUUCCUCCAUGCAAACAGCGUCACAUAACUUAUGCAGCUUUUAAACAUACACUAGUGAAUGCAAGGCAAACUUGGUCAACAGCCAUACAGGUCGCACUGAGGGCGGCCGUAUAAACAACUUUAACACUGUUACAAAUAUGCGCCACACUGUGAACCCACACCAAACAAGAAUGACGAACACAUGUCAGGAGAACAUCCACACAACAUAAACACAACAGAACAAAUACCCAGAAUCCUUUGCAGCACUAACUCUUCCGGGACGCUACAUUAUACACCCCCCCCCCACUACCACAAAACUUCGCUCCACCCCCACCCCAUCUCUUGAAUUUAGAGGUCUCAAGGUUGGCAAGUACACCCGGGCUAAAUGCCAGCGUUCUGUCGAAAUGAGCUGCUUCGUCAAAAAAAAAGGCUACCGGUCGCAUAAUUCGACUACCAGAGCACUUGUGUCUCCCAGUCAUACUUGCCAACCCUCCCGAGACUCCCGAAAUUUCAGUGCCCUUCCCGAAAAUCUCCCGGAGCAACCAUUUUCCUGAAUUUCUCCUGAAUUCCACCCAGACAUCAUUAUUGGGGGCGUGCCUUUGCUUGCCGGCCCAGUCACAUGAUAUCUACGGCUUUUCACGCACACACAUAAGUGAAUGCAAGGUAAACUUGGUCAAAAGCCAUACAGGUCACACUGAGGGUGGCCGUAUAUACAACUUUAACACUGUUACAAAUAUGCGCCACACUGUAAACCCACACCAAACAAGAAUGACAAACACAUUUCGAGAGAACUUCCGCACCGUAACACAACAUAAACACAAUAGAACAAAUACUAGGACACUACAUUAUACACCUCCUGCUACCACCAACCUUCACCCCAUCCCCCAACCUCAACCCCUUCCCCCCACCCCAUCUCCCAAAUUUGGAGGUCUCAAGGUUGGCAAGUACGCCCGGGCUAAAUGCCAGCGUUCUGUCGAAAUGAGCUGCUUCGUCGAAAAAAAGGCUACAGGUCGCAUAAUUCGACUUCCAGAGCACUUGCGUCUCCCAGUCAUACUUGCCAACCCUCCCGAUUUUUCCUGGGAGUCUCCCGAAUUUUAGUGCCCCUCCCGAAAAUCUCCUGGGGCAACCAUUCUCCCGAAUUUCUCCCAGACAUCAUUAUUUGGGGCCGGCACGCCCCAGUCACAUAAUAUCUACGGCUUUUCACACAUAAGUGAAUGCAAUGCAAACUUGGUCAAAAGCCAUAAAGGUCACACUGAGGGGUGGCCGUAAAUACAACUUUAACAUUGUUACAAAUAUGUGCCACACUGUGAACCCACACCAAACAAGAAUGACAAGCACAUUUCGGGAGAACGUCCACACAACAUAAACACAACAGAACAAAUACCCAGAAUCCCUUGCAGCACUAGCUCUUCCAGGACGCUACAUUAUACACCCCCCCCCGCUACCACCAAACUUCGUCCCUCGUACCUCAACCUCGAAUUCGGGGGAUUCCAGCGUUCUGUCGAAAUGAACUGCUUCGUCGGAAAAAACCUACCGGUCACAUAAUUCGACUUCGAGAGCACUUGCGUCUCCCAGUCAUACUUGCCAACCCUCCCGAUUUUCCCGGGAGACUCCCGAAAUUUCAGUGCCCUUCCCGAAAAUCUCCCGGGGCAACCAUUCUCCCGAAUUUCUCCCGAUUUCCACCCAGACAUCAUUAUAGGGGGCGUGCCUUUGCGUGCCGGCCCAGUCACAUGAUAUAUACGGCUUUUCACGCACACACAUAAGUGAAUGCAAGGCAAACUUUGUCAAAAGCCAUACAGGUCACACUGAGGGGUGGCCGUAUAAACAACUUUAACACUGUUACAAAUAUGCGCCACACUGUAAACCCACACCAAACAAGAAUGACAAACACAUGUCAGGAGAACAUCCACACAACAUAAACACAACAGAACAAAUACCCAGAAUCCAUUGCAGCACUAGCCCUUCCAGGACGCUACAUUGUACACCCCCCCGCUACCACCAAACUUCGCCCCUCCUACCUGAACCCCAUCCCUCGAAUUUGGGGGAUGCCAGCGUUCUGUCGAAAUGAAUUGCUUCGUCGGAAAAAACCUACCGGUCGCAUAAUUCGACUACCAGAGCACUUGCGUCUCCCAGUCAUACUUGCCAACCCUCCCCAUUUUCCCGGGAGACUCCCGAAAUUUCAGUGCCCUUCCCGAAAAUCUCCCGGGGCAACCAUUCUCCCGAAUUUCUCCCGAUUUCCACCCAGACAUCAUUAUUGGGGGCGUGCCUUUGCGUGCCGGCCCAGUCACAUGAUAUCUACGGCUUUUCACGCACACACACGAGUGAAUGCAAGGCAAACUUGGUCAAAAGCCAUACAGGUCACACUGAGGGUGGCCGUAUAUACAACUUUAACACUGUUACAAAUAUGCGCCACACUGUGAACCCACACCAAACAAGAAUGACAAACACAUGUCAGGAGAACAUCCACACAACAUAAACACAAGAGAACAAAUACCCAGAAUCCUUUGCAGCACUAACUCUUCCGGGACGCUACAUUAUACACCUCCCCCCCACUACCACAAAACUUCGCUCCACCCACCACCCCAUCCCUUGAAUUUAGAGGUCUCAAGGUUGGCAAGUACGCCCGGGCUAAAUGCCAGCUUUCUGUCGAAAUGAGCUGCUUCGUCGAAAAAAAUGCUACCGGUCGCAUAAUUUGACUUCCAGAGCACUUGCGUCUCCCAGUCAUACUUGCCAACCCUCCCGAUUUUUCCUGGGAGACUCCCGAAUUUUAGUGCCCCUCCCGAAAAUCUCCCGGGGCAACCAAUCUCCCGAAUUUCUCCCAGACAUCAUUAUUGCGUGCCGGCCCGUCACAUAAUAUCUACUGCUUUUCACACAUAAGUGAAUGCAACGCAAACUUGGUCAAAAGCCAUACAGGUCACACUGAGGGUGGCCGUAUAAACAACUUUAACACUGUUACAAAUAUGCGCCACACUGUGAACCCACACCAAACAAGAAUGACAAACACAUGUCAGGAGAACAUCCACACAACAUAAACACAACAGAACAAAUACCCAGAAUCCUUUGCAGCACUAACUCUUACAGCACGCUACAUUAUACACCUCCGCCCCACUACCACAAAACUUCGUUCCUCGUACCUCAACCCCAUCCCUCGAAUUCGGGAGAACAUCCGCACUGUAACACAACAUAAACACAACAGGACAAAUACCCAAAACCCCUUGCAGCCCUAACUCUUCCGGGAUGCUACAAUAUACAACCCCCCCCCCCCGCCACCCCCUACUAAAAACCCCGCCCACCUGAACCUCCUCAUGCCCUCUCAGGAAGAGCAUGUCCCAAAUUCCAAGCUGCUGUUUUUGAGGCAUGUUUAAAAAAAAUGCACUUUGUGACUUCAAUAAUAAAUAUGACAGUGCCAUGUUGGCAUUUUUUGUCCAUAA